AUGGCAGAGCCUGGUCUCACCUCCCCCUCCGACAGCUCCCUGCGCUCCCCCCGCUCCCCCCCGCUCUCCCUCUCCUUCCCCUUUCUGAGGGAGGGGAGCCGCGUUUGGGAGAGACCUCCGCUCCAGCCAGGAGAGCUACCCAGUCCUCUGCCCACCAAACGCACACGCACAUACUCCGCUACGGUGCGUGCUAACUCAGGGCCUGUGUUUAAGGGUGUGUGUAAAGAGUUCUCUCGGUCACAGGGUCACGGCUACAUUCGGCCGUGUAACGGCGGUGAAGACAUCUUCGUCCACAUCUCUGACAUCGAGGGCGAGUACGUCCCCGUGGAAGGAGACGAAGUCACGUACAAGGUGUGUCCGAUCCCGCCCAAAAACCAGAAGGUCCAGGCCGUCGAAGUGCUGAUCACACACCUCAAACCAGGGACCAAACACGAGACCUGGUCUGGUCAGAUAAUCAGCUCCUAG